CUGACGUCAAAUGUUUGCGACAAAAGAAGUUGGUACCAUUGUUUUUAAACAUCAAGCAACGAGUUUUAUGCUCGGUUGAUGUCAUAAAAAUGUAAACAUUGCGCAUAGAUGUCAAAAUGUCGCCAGAGCUGGAGAAGUGUCCGAGAAGCCUGUUGGUGUGCGAGAAAUCAAACUUCUUGAACGAAAAGUCUCGGCAUGACUUCCACGUGUCGAAACACAACUUUAAUUACAAAAUCUCAGUGCUGAUGCCUGAAUGUGGGAUGCUGCCUGCUAACAUCAGCACAGUCAUCAACAGCUUCAGCCACUAUUAUUUAGUGCGGGCUCUGCCUGUUCAUGAACUACUGGAAGAAACGUUCCUGGAGUCUCUUGUAAAGAAGGGACACUUCUAUGCGCUUUCUUACAACACCAAAAUUGAUGAAGAUAAUUCCAUUGCACUUCUUUCCAGUGGUCAGUUAAUUUUGUCUCUAGAUAAAGACACGUAUGAACAGCUUGGUUUGGAGGGACGUCCAUCUCUGUACAAUCACAGAAAAGCCAUGAGAUUUGUCGUGACUCUGGAUCUCACCGACAAAAGCUUGAGCCCAGGCACCAAACGAUACCAGCGGGUUCUGUCAAGUUUAAAGGACAGACUACCACUCAGAUAUGACUUUUUUUUCACUAAAUACAACACAGGUGCAGAUGAAGAUAAGACUCUUAACAAGCUGUUGUCCCAGUACGCAUACGAGGAGCACAAGCCUGCUGUUAGCCAUCAGACCCUGAAAGAAAUACCAUGUCCCACACUUUACCCAUCAGAUAUACAAGGAAAGACUCUGUCGUGUGACCCACAUCACUUCUUGGAGUGGCUUGGAGCAGUUAACCUGGACAUCAAUUGUGAAAAUGCCGCUGACAGUUUCCUGUCAACAUAUGUGUGUCCAGAGCCCCAGAGCUCUGUCAGUCAGGCCUUGCUGUGCACCGUUACUGGCUUUAUCUCACCUGAGAAUGUGUUUGCGCUGCUGAAAGAACUCAGGCAGUAUUUCGAUGAACCAAGGUUUACACCAUGGGUUUCCCUCACUGUGCAUGGAUUCAUGGAUAGUCCUGUGUCGUGGGGAGCCACAGAGCAUCGAUUCCUCAAAGGUGGCGAAAACUUCUACAAUUUUGUUUGCUUCAAGAAUCAGGACUACUGGUUACACAUGGCUACCGGAGCGCAAGACGGCUGCCCUCCCUAAAACAUUUGAUGUUUUUUUUUCAUGUGACUUUAUAAUGUAAAAUACAAACAUAAAUGUAAAAUGUA